AUGUCGAUACACUCGGAAAAUGUACGAGUUUCUGGCUCAAAGCCAGCCGGCAGCUUCAGCUCCUUCAAGAACGAGAAAGGCCAGAAUGAUUUACCUCGCACUAUCUUCGUCAACGAAGUCUUCAAGGAGAACGCAUCCAAUGAACCAACUCUCCACGAAGCCAAAAUCUACGAGAUUCUGCGGAAGAAACCCCAUCCUGCGCUGGGAACGUGCCUCGGCUGCGUGGUGAGCGACGAUGGACUCAUUACAGGGCUCGAGCUCGUGCGCUACGAGAAGACGCUGUUCCAGCGGGCGCACGAUCCGGCAUUUUACGAGAACGACACGCGGGUCAAAACGAUGAAGACUGUGAAAGAGGCCAUAUGCCACCUGCACAACCUCGGCCUGGCUCACAACGACCUCAGCCCCCUCAAUAUCAUGUUUGUGUGGGGAAGCAGCGACGAGCCUGUCGCGCUGGACUUUGAUACAUGUCAUCCGGAAGGGGCGAAGCUCACUCAAGGAGGAAUCGUAAUGAACUGGGAGGGGGCGUCGAGCAAACAUUCUGAUAUGCCCUCUUUUGAAUGUUGUCAUUCAGGCACUGUACUAUCUCGAAUGGCUCUCGAGACAGCAACAGGCUUUGAGGCGAUGAAUUGA